AUGGCAGCCAACAUUAAAAGACCGGUAAACCUCGCUACGCUGACUCCCCAUGCGAAGUCCACAAUCACUGUAGAGGAGUGGGAAGCGGCAGCACCCCUCGGAGAUGUUGAAACGAGGAGUAUAAGCUUUGUCCAGUCUGCCAGCCCUUGGUCUACCCUUCCACCUAAGCUCAGCGUUGAAGAGCCAGGCUCUUCCUCUCGUCCAUCGACGCCCAUCAUUCGUGGCAAGCUCGGCCAAUCGUCCCGUCCCUCUACACCCCACAUUGUCGGUGGCCAUCGACCCUCAGCCGCACAUUCUCUACACCCUAAGCAGCCUAUCCAGACUCCGCAACAAUUUUACGACUGGUACGCUCUCAUAGACCGCUCUGUUACGCACAGCCAGGAAGCGCACAUACGAGCGCACCUUGGCACCGUGUCAGAUCAUCUUGAAACAUGCGAUCGAUUGGUCCAACGCAUAGAUGAGAUUGACAGAGAGGUCGAGGAUAUGCUCUCGGGCUGGCGGUCGGUCGAGGAAAGCGGCAGAAGCUUGAAGGAUGCUUGCGAACAACUCCUCCAGGAACGGGAUCGCAUACUGGAUAUGACCAUUGCUAUAGACGAGAGAUUGGAGUACUUCCAGGAGCUGGAGCAAGCGACGCGUAUGCUGAAUCAUCCCGGAGAAUCCCUUGUCUUGCAAGGAGACUUCUUGUACAUGGUCGAGCGAGUGGAUAUCUGCAUCGACUACUUGAAGGCGCACCGACACUUCAAAGAAGCGGAAAUAUAUCUACUCCGCUUCCAACAAUGCAUGACGCGAGCCAUGACCUUGAUAAAAAUGUACUUCGUGGGAUCAUUACGGGCUUUGACAGCGGACGUCUCCAAACGGCUAUCGGAAAAGGAUGUCUCGACUACGGCUCAGACACAUCUCCUAUACACCAGGUUUCGAUCUGUGUCAGGACCCCUGGCGCCUCUACUUGCGGAGCUAGAGCGUCGUGCCCGGGAUCACCCUGAUGAACUGGCAGCACUUCUAGCCGAGUGCCACACCGCAUACUUCUCAGCUCGCAAAGCCCUUCUAGUCAACCGUCUGAUGGAAGAAAUCAGAGGCUUGGACCCGGCGAGGACAGAACUGGUGGAACUGACAAGAGCUGGGUGCAGUUAUCUCAAGCAGCUGUGCACUGACGAAUUUACACUGUUCCGAGCUUUCUUCAAUUCUGGGGAAGAACAGUUAUACCAGUAUCUCGAAAGCCUCUGCGACUACCUUUACGACGAUCUCAGGCCGCGGAUUCUGCAUGAGCCCCGUCUGACCGCGCUCUGCGAAGUGUGCACCGUCCUCCAAGCACUGAUGGUGCUAGACAUUCCGUCACUGCCAGAGUCUCCAUCCGACGAGGAAGGAGACCUCGAUGAGCUCACUCUCGAUUUGGAUCAGCCUAGACGUCAGACGGGGUUACGUACCCUUCACAUUAGCCACCUACUGCAGAUGGUUUUGCAGGACGCGCAGACGCGCCUAUUCUUCAAGGCACAAUCUGUCAUUCAGUCUGAGAUAAGGUAUUACGUCCCCAAACCAGAAGACUUGGCAUACCCCGACAAGCUCCUCGCUGCGCGGAAGCCCCUGUCCGGGACGGAAAUUAAGGAGAAGCAAAGCAUUAACCAGGUCUUCCAACUGAAGUCUUUGGACAAACAGGAGACUUGGUACCCCACCCUGCAAAAAACUGUCUGGGUACUUUCACAGCUCAAGGACUUCGUUAAGCCUGCCAUCUUCGAUGACCUCGCACAAGAAGCGAUCAACUAUUGCAGACAGACCCUCGUUGGUGCCGCCGAGACGCUGAAGUCUAGGAAUCCACCGUCUUCCGUUUUUGAGGGACAACUGUUCCUUGCUCGCCACUUGCUCAUCCUCAAGGAGAUGACCCAGAACCUGGACCUCGUGCAUCGGAAUGUCGACCGAGGAUUGGACCUCUCGGGAGUGAAUGAAACCCUGGCUUCGAUGCUCGGCAGGACGACGUCUCUUCUUCCGAACGCCCUCCUGGCUUCCCUCGGUAUGCCGCGUGACGAAGACAUGACGGACGUCCGCCACGGGAUCGACCAGGAACUGAAGCAGGCCUGCGAAGAUGUGAUCCAAUCCGGCAUCGACGCCGUCUCUGGCGGCGUGCGGGCGUGGGCGGAAAAGGUCCGAGCGACCUACGCCCUCGACAACGACCCUGUUGGGCCGAGUGGAAAAACGAUUCUCCCUCGUCUGGGGUCUGCGCCGGACUCGACGUGGGCAGGGAUCGAAGCUGCGCAAUCAUAUAUUGACCGGAUGUACUCCGAGCUCGAGCGUGACGUUCACAGGGUCUCGAUGAGCCUACGGCUUUACAUUGAAGAUGAGCGCACGGUGGAAGUUCUGCUCAAGCACGUGCAGGACAAGAUUGUAGACGAUUGGAUGGACUUCAGCGACCUCAUCUCGAACCUCUACAACGGUGCGAUGCGGGCCAGGGCUCCAACCGAGGAGUUCGUCAGAGCAAAGGUCGUACGAGGCAGCAAGGAAGACUGGGUAGCGCAGUCGAACGGGGGCGUCAUGUGGCCAGAUAGUAGUAGUAGCAGUAACGUUACGUCUUAAUGUUGUCGGUUGAUUAUUGCCGAAGCCGACAUUGCUACGCACCCCAUAGCAACCGCGAGUAUCUCUGCACCCAUCCAAGAGAAAACAAGGUAUACCGUGAAGUGGCAUUGCCAGGGGAUAAACCUAUGAGCUACAAUGUGGAGGGGGAGGAGCACUUCUGACACACUCAAACUAGCCAUGACGGAACCGUUGAUUGUAAGCAUAUGGGUGAGUAGAUCCAGGUCUGAUAUAGUGAGGUUUAUGGAUUGGACUGGAGACCGAAGGGCAGGAUGUCCUUGUCCGAUAGAAUAGCAGAAUGAGCGGUGUGCGAGACAUUGCAGAAACGUGGAUGCUGAGCAAGCGGUAUCGUGAGUAUUCGUGGGUUUCCGUGGGUUUCAUCUUGAGAACUCGACAAAGAAAAUCCUGCGGAGAAACAAGACGGAAGGGCUGCUGUCGGUCGCACCGCCCGUUCGUCAGCAUCGGGCAAGGCAGUCGAGGCGCUGAGUUCACUCCCCCCAGCUCUGGGAGAGACUUCCGACGUCCUCUAUUUUGAAUUCGGUCGCCAAGAACGGUGCUCUACGGUCCGGCACAGCGUCAGGGCUUCCUCUUCCUGCGGCCUGCCCGCCGUUCCCCAGCUGAUGAGGUUGCCCGAGGUUGCGAUUCUGACUGCCCUCUUCCGCGGGGGACGGAGACUCUACCUCGAUUCCAUCUCUGCUAUUUUCGACUUGCUUGCCCUUCCCAUUCACGUCCUCCGCGCUUUCACCACUAUGCUCCCCGAAGCGACCAAGUCGACCACGCGUUACGCUCCUCCCUUGUCGCGCGCGGCCUCCUGGCGUAAACCCGCCUGGUCCGCGGACGAGCCGGACGUUCAGGAUAGCACGUCGAAAGCCUCCAUCAGGGUCAGCUUCUGGUGGAAGAUAUGACGCAUCGCCCGGAUGCAGAGAGGAGGUGGAACGGCUCGUUUGUAUAGAGGGAGACGGGUCUCGAGAUGGCACAUAUGGAGGGACCGUGGUUUGUUUCUGGAACGUAGAUACAGAAGGAGAGUCGGGCGAGGGAUUGUUUUGAGAUGUGGAAGAAGUGGGGCGCGGGGGAGUCGUAUUGGUAGAGACGCUACGGUCUGGUCGGCCAUAAGUUGGACGGUUGUGGAGAUUGAAGGGUAGCGGCUGGUUGACAUUGACCAUUUUUCCUUCCUUGGAACGAACGAUGUGCCCUAACCGUUCCUUCAUCUUCUGGUGGUCUACCGUGUAGUUCCGAGCGGGCGGUGAGUCAUCCGAGGGCUGAAACAAAGGCGUAUGUUCAUCCGGUUCGUUCUGUCCAGAGGGGCCACCCCUCGCGCAACAGCAGCAGACAAGCUGAAAGAUGGAUGCCAUGUCGAGGAUACCCCGCGCACGGCGAGGGCGAGCAGCAGGCGGCAGCGAG